AUGCUCCCAGCUGUCGUCUUCGUCUUCAUCUGGUCGACCAUCGUGUACGACCCCAUCGCCUACUGGACCUGGAACGCCAACGGCUGGUCCUUCAAGCUCGGCGGCCUCGACUUUGCCGGUGGCACGCCCGUCCACAUCUCUUCUGGCGCCGCCGCCCUCGCCAUGUCGCUGAUGCUGGGCAAGCGCGCCGGCUACGACAAGGUCCACGGCCUCCCGUACCGCCCGCACAACGUCACCCACGUCGUCCUCGGCACUGUCUUCCUCUGGGUGGGCUGGUUCGGCUUCAACGGCGGCAGUGCUCUCGCCGCUAACCUGCGCGCUGUCAUGGCCUGCAUUGUGACGCACAUUGCCGCCUGUGUCGGUGGUUUCACCUGGUGCCUGAUGGAUUACCGUCUGGAGAGGAAGUGGAGUGCUGUCGGUUUCUGCAGCGGUGCCAUUGCUGGUCUGGUUGCUAUCACCCCAGCUUCAGGUUUCGUUCCUGCGUGGUCUGCUGUUGUCUUUGGCGUUGUGGGCGGCAUUGUGUGCAACCUGGCCACCCAGAUCAAGUUCUGGGUCGGUGUUGACGACGCCCUGGAUAUUUUUGCCGAGCAUGCCAUCGGUGGUAUUGUGGGCAACCUGCUCACUGGUCUCUUUGCUGCCGAUUACAUUGCGCACCUCGACGGCUUCUCCGAGAUUUCCGGCGGCUGGCUCAACCACAACUACAUCCAGCUGGCCUACCAGCUCGCCGACUGCGUGGCCGGUUUCUCGUACGCCUUUGGCAUGACCUGCCUCAUCCUCUUCCUCAUGAACCUCGUCCCUGGCCUCCGCCUGCGCGUCGACAACGACGAGGAGGAGAUGGGCCUGGACGACGGCCAGCUGGGCGAGUUUGCGUACGACUACGUCGAGCUGAGCCGGCACGUCAACGAGCUGCUCGGCGCGAGCGAGGAGAACCGUUCCAGCCAGGGCAGCCUGAGGGCCACGUCUGUGGUUGGGCCCUCCAAGGCAGAUGACGCGGAAAAGGCUGUUUAAAUUUUUCUUCAACAAAAUAAUGUGAGGCUUGUGAAGGAUGAUCAUGACUUGUGGCGCGUAUGGGCCGGGAAGGAAUGAAGCGUUGCAAUUGAAGGAAACAGAGAAUAUCAGAAGAUUAGAAGAGUGCUGAUAGACUUAUAAUAUUGCUGCAAUUGCGAAAUCAGCCAUAUAUUG